UGAAGUUUUAGACUGCUGAAGAAGUUCGUGUCCGGAAAAGGGAGGAAAAAAACAAGCGAGAAUGACCAACUUUUGCUGUUACAUAUUAUAUGAGUUUCGUUAAAAAAUAGACCAGAAAAAAGACCAGAGAGGAAAUUACUUUACAUUGAGCAGGUAAUUGAUUAAGAGGCCAUACUCGUUCGACAGUAGAAGGUCUAGCUCAGUGCUAUCUUGAAUUCAAAUUACAGCGAAAAGUCACCUGUAUUUAAGAGGGAGCACUGCAAGAUUUUAGCUGAACUGUAACCAGGUGUAAGACCCAACAGCACUGGAGAUUCGGAUCUGAUUAGAAUAAGCAGUGCGUUAGUGAUCAGAUGUGGCUUUUGGGACUGGAGAGAGGAGACGUGUCAGUGAUAAAGAGGCUGAAGAGAUAGCCCCAGUGCACACAUCAGCCCGGUCCGGCCCUCACCGGUGAACAGCCAACACAUAACCGGACCUGUUGGCUUUAAAACUUCACUACCUUGUGAAUUUGACACCUGACCCGCAUCUGGCGUGGAAGCGACGCGUUUAUGUCAAGAUGGGUUCUCUGUUUCGCAGUGAGGAGAUGUGUCUGGCCCAGCUCUUCCUACAGUCCGGAUCCGCUUACGACUGCAUCAGUGAACUCGGCGAACUCGGGCUGGUGGAGUUCAGAGAUCUCAACCCUAGUGUGAACUCCUUUCAGCGCAAGUUUGUCAAUGAGAUCAAGAGGUGUGAGGAGAUGGAGAGGAUUUUGGGAUAUCUUCUGAGAGAAAUUAAAAAACAAGACAUCCUGCUGCCAGAAGGAGAGGUGAACCCAGAUGCACCUUUACCCAAACAUGUGAUGGGCAUAAUGGAGCAGCUUCAGAGACUGGAACUGGAGCUGAGUGAGGUCACCAGGAACAAAGAGAAACUCCAAAAGAACCUCCUUGAACUGACCGAAUACACACACAUGCUGCGCAUCACACGCAACUUUGUGCACCGCAAUGCAGAGAGGGAGCUAGUGCAGGUUCAGUAUGAAGAGUUCCCCUUUCUAGAGAAGGAACCCAUGAUGGACUACACCAGCAUGCAGAGGCUCGGAGCUAAGCUAGGGUUCAUUUCUGGGAUCAUACAGAGAGUGAAGAUCGAGGCAUUUGAACGAAUGCUCUGGAGAGUGUGCAAGGGCUACACCAUCCUCAGCUACUCUGAAAUAGACGAGGUCCUGGAAGACCCUGAUUCGGGUGAGCCAACCAGAAGUGUGGUGUUCCUCAUCUCAUACUGGGGAGAUCAGAUUGGACAGAAGGUUAAGAAGAUAUGUGACUGCUACCACUGUCACCUGUACCCAUACCCGAACAGUAACGAGGAGAGGGCUGAUGUGGUGGAGGGACUCCGUACACGCAUUCAGGACCUGCACACGGUUCUUUGCCGAACUGAGGUUUACCUGAGGCAGGUGUUGAUAAAGGCCUCAGAGUCUGUUUACACUUGGGUGAUCCAGGUUAAGAAAAUGAAGGCCAUAUACCACAUCCUCAACCUCUGCAGCUUUGAUGUCACAAACAAGUGCCUCAUAGCCGAGGUGUGGUGUCCUGUAAAUGAUCUGCCUGCAAUUCGGAGGGCUCUAGAAGAGGGAUCAAGGAAGAGUGGAGCCACAGUUCCCUCUUUUGUCAAUCGAAUUCCAAGUAAAGACACUCCACCGACUCUCAUACGCACUAACAAGUUUACCUCAGGCUUCCAGAGUAUAGUGGACGCCUAUGGUGUUGGAAGCUACAGAGAGGUCAACCCAGCUCCAUACACAAUCAUUACCUUUCCCUUCCUGUUUGCUGUGAUGUUUGGAGACCUCGGCCACGGCCUCAUCAUGGCACUGUUUGCUCUGUGGAUGGUUCUCUAUGAGAAUGACCGCAAGCUUAAGAAAACCAGGAAUGAGAUCUGGAACAUGUUUUUCGAGGGCCGUUACAUCAUCCUGAUGAUGGGCGUAUUUUCAAUCUACACCGGAAUAAUAUACAACGACUGCUUCUCCAAAUCACUCAACCUGUUUGGCUCAGGAUGGAGUGUCAAAGCCAUGUUUGACCAUGGAAACUUGACCAUGAACACACUCCGCUCAAAUGGCUUCCUUGCACUUGAUCCAAAUGUCACAGGAGUCUUUAAAGGACCCUAUCCUCUGGGGAUUGACCCGAUCUGGAACCUGGCAUCGAACCGUCUCACCUUCCUCAACUCCUAUAAAAUGAAGAUGUCUGUUAUUUUAGGAAUAAUUCACAUGACAUUUGGCAUCGUCCUUGGAGUUUUCAAUCACCUGCACUUCAGGCGGAAGUUUAAUCUGUACCUGAUAUUUCUGCCUGAGCUUCUCUUCCUGCUGUGUCUAUUUGGGUAUCUGGUCUUCAUGAUCGUCUAUAAGUGGCUGGUUUUCACAGUCAGGGACUCUCAGACGGCUCCCAGCAUCCUCAUUCACUUUAUCAACAUGUUCCUCAUGCAGGGAGACUCUACCCAGCUGCUUUUCCCAGGACAGGCUGGUCUUCAGGUGUUCCUGUUGAUUGUGGCCCUGUUCUCUGUGCCUGUGUUAUUACUGGGCAAACCUCUCUACCUCUACUGGCUGCACAAGGGCAGAAACCGUUUGGGCAUGUACAGGGGUUAUCAGCGUGUACGGCGGAGCAGUGAAGAAGAGCUCUCUCUCUUGCACACACAUGAUAUGGAGGAGGGCAGCAGCCUGGACAGCCAUUCCAUCAACUCUGACAGCCAAUCAGCGAAGUUUGACUUUGCAGAUGUGUUCUUGCAUCAGUCCAUCCACACUAUAGAGUACUGUCUGGGCUGUAUCUCUAAUACUGCAUCUUACCUCCGGCUGUGGGCUCUCAGUCUGGCACAUGCCCAGCUGUCUGAAGUGUUGUGGGCGAUGGUGAUAAGGGUAGGUUUGCGUGUGGACACUAGUGUGGGUAUCGUGUUCCUGGUGCCUGUCUUCGGCCUGUUUGCUGUCCUCACCGUGUCCAUCCUACUUGUGAUGGAGGGACUUUCUGCCUUCCUUCAUGCUCUCAGGCUCCACUGGGUGGAGUUUCAAAACAAGUUCUACAGCGGUGCUGGCAUCAAGUUUGCACCAUUUGCCUUCUCUCUCUUACACAGCAGCUUUGAGAAUGAUGGGUUAUUAUGAACUGUGUGACACUGAAAAGCAGAGCUGUGAAUCUCAUUGCUGGG